CAGUGUGGCCUCUGUGGUGCUCACCUUCAAGGAGCCCUUUGGCACUCAGGGCCGUGGAGGAUACUUUGAUGGUUUUGGGAUAAUUAGAGAUGUCAUGCAGAACCACCUGCUUCAGAUGCUCUGUUUGAUUGCAAUGGAGAAACCUGCAUCCACGAGCCCCGACGACGUGAGGAACGAGAAGGUGAAGGUGCUGAAGUGCAUAGCUCCUCCUAACAUGGCAGAUGUGGUGCUGGGUCAGUACGCGGGAGAUCCGGGCGGGGAGGGCGAAGCCAAGCUGGGCUACCUCGAUGAUCCCACGGUACCAAAAGGCUCCUGCACACCAACGUUUGCAACUGCAGUGCUCUACGUCCAGAAUGAAAGAUGGGAUGGGGUUCCUUUCAUUCUGCGCUGUGGUAAAGCCUUGAACGAGCGGAAAGCCGAGGUGCGUUUGCAGUUCACGGACGUACCCGGAGACAUCUUUGCUGACCGCUGUCAGAGAAACGAGUUGGUGGUCCGGGUGCAGCCGGACGAGGCUAUUUACCUGAAGAUGAUGACCAAGAGGCCUGGAGUUUUCUUCAGCCCAGAGGAGACCGAGCUGGACCUCACCUACAAGAGCAGAUACAAGAAUGUGAAGCUUCCUGAUGCGUAUGAGAGACUGAUUCUGGACGUCUUCUGUGGAAAUCAGAUGCACUUUGUCCGCAGCGAUGAGUUGCGAGAAGCCUGGAGGAUCUUCACCCCCCUGCUCCACCAAAUAGAAGCUGCAAAGAGACAACCUAUUCCUUACACAUAUGGAAGUCGUGGUCCAAGUGAAUCAGACGAUCUUAUUCAGAGGGUGGGCUUCCGCUACGAGGGAACAUACAAGUGUGUGACCUAACCCAUGAAACGUAUGAGAUCGGAACGUGCAGUGGUCUUUCCCAGGAUUCAGAAAGCUCUGGGAAGAACAGUAUUGAUGAACAUGUGUUUAAAUAUCUGAGUCUCUUGUGCUUGUUUUCCUGUAAGAGUAACGCUGCAACCCGAUGGCUGGGAUGUUGUGAAGAGUCGAGCUGCUGUAGUUCAAGUCGGACGCAAAUUCUUCUUCUUUAUCAUAGGAAAGUGUUGCUGCUUUUAUCGACACUAAUAAAAAAAAAUAAAAUAAUGCCUUUUUUUAUUUCAUAUAUUUGUAGCUUAACCUCCAUCAACAUUCGUCUUAAUUCUCUGAAACGGACAAAAACAGAUCAAAAGCAGCAAACAUCGU